GUGAAGGGAAAAAUGCCUUCCGAUUAUACAUUUGUAGAUCACGGACUGCAAAAAAGAUCCAAUGGGCCUUGUGCCAAUAAAAGCAUCGGGCACCACCCAAACGAAGAUAAGCACACGCUCUGAAAUCACUUCCUUUUUGCGUGCUGGAUUUCUCUCCCCUCUUUCGCCUCCGACCAAUGGGCGGUUCUGCUGCGUAAAGGACAAGGGGGGCGGGGCGCCCUUGCUCAUAAGGAGUAGCGGAGGGACCCAGAGGUGAGGAGGAACAGUAGCCGACGAUGGCUGUGGAAAGCGCUCGGGAUUACGCGGCGGUUAUGUUCCGAUCUCUAGUAUCAGUGGGAACAUCGGUGGGAUCGGUAACAAGACAAGCACUGCUUCCAUGUGCAGCUCGGCCUUUUCGUGUUUGUAACCAUGACAGAAGCAGCCGAAGAGGAGUUGUGGCAAGCAGUUUACAGGAGCUUAUCAACAAGACCUUGGAUGCUUUAAUGAUAACUGCUGGAUUGAUAACACUGGUUCUAGAGGAAGAUGGAACGGUGGUGGAUACUGAAGGCUUCUUCCAGUCAUUAGGGGAUAAUACACAACUCAUGCUUCUGGAGAAAGGACAGAAAUGGAAGCCAGGAUUACAUAAUGGUAUUACAACAAUACAGCAACCAAAGAAAAUGGGAGUAGCAAAUUUCACUCUGGAUUUGUACAAACUGAAUCCUAAGGAUUUCAUUGGUUGUUUGAAUUUUAAAGCUACCUUCUACGAAAUCUAUUCUGUGUCCUAUGACAUCAAGUGUAUGGGAGCAAAAAGUAUUCUAAGGAAGAUACUUCGUUUUCUGUCACAGAUUGCCCAAGUAACAGGGCAACUUCUUCUCCAUAGCGGAACGUACAUACUACAAGUAACGGAUGAUUGUGAAGAUUGUCUGCUUACGGAGGCCAAACAUUAAAGCAAACAUAAGAGCCCUUUUAACUGCUUGUCUGUCCAGCUAACAUUGUAAAUUGGGUUUUGGGAAGGAGAGAGUUGAGUUACAUCUUAAUUUAUUAAAUAUCAUAAAUUUAGCUGGGUACAUAAAUAUACUUUAAUGUGUAAGCUUUUAUUUAAGAUAAUGAUGUCAUAAUUGUAAAUAUGAUCGGAAUCUUUUUAAUGUACUAAAUUAUUUAAGUCAAAGAACUCUUCUGCCAUCCAUUUCCAGUAGAAAGUUCACACAGCAAA